AUGGGGCUUUUGUCCGAAGGAGGUAUUGUAGAAUACCUAGACGAAGAUUGUAUUCAUAAAGCGACAUUACGGGAAGGUUGUCUUUAUACAAAAGAUGGUAAAUAUCAUUCGUUUGCAGAAUUUAUACGAGCUACAAGGAAAUUAAAACCAAAAGAAAAAGUUCGCCCCAACGAUUUUCACAACCUAAAGAUUAAUGAUAUGACUUAUUGGGAAGUUCGCGAAAAACUCUAUAAAUUGUAUUUUGAUCAAGAUGAAGAAGAGAAUGAAGAAAUUGUUGAUAGUACAGCCUCCGAAGGAAAACUCGAGGAACUUCCAAAUACAAUCGAAACAGUUCCAUGGAAUAAAGAUCUCGAGAAUCGCCUCUGCCAGCUGUACGUGAGGGAUGAUGUCGUGGACAUAUUUUGGGGCCGAAACAUCCUCACUGGCGAAAAAACAUGGAGUGUUUACGUAGUUACUCGCAAUCUUAGCCGACGUGAAUAUGCAGAGGAGGUCACAGAAGGUCAAGUAAUUCAUUUUAUACCAGAAGAAAAAGGGUUUCUCAAUGCCGAGAUUCCACCACAAAGCGCCCAUGAUCCUCUGCCAACUCAGAAUAAGGUCCCACAAGAUUUACAGAAGGCCUUUGAUGAAGCUUUAAACAAUGAACUGGGGCCAUCAUUCCGCGAAGCGAAUUAUAAUCUGGUUGGUAUGAGCACCGGGUAUAAGCGAACUAAAGGUAAAUUUACCAAAAAACCUGCUAUCAUACUGUAUGUUCGCCAGAAAGGCAUUCUACGCCGAGGAUGUGGCGGCUUAUUUCCAAGAGAGAUUUGUGGGUAUCCGGUAGAUGUUAUCGAGGCUUGUGUUGCAACUCCCUACGGUUUUGGUGCGAGGUAUUGUCAAUCUUAUAAGGGUGGUGUUGAGUUGGGGUCGAGUAUAGGACUAAUAGAACCGCACAGAACCACUGGAACCCUCAGUGCUUUCGUGUAUGAUAAAAAUUCAAAACAGAUAGGUAUUCUCUCAUGUGAACAUGUAUGCAGGUUUAGUGGAUCGAGAUCUGGGACGGGUGCCAUAAUUCACCAGCCUUCACAUGAAGACCUAGAUGAACUGAAAACGUCAUAUAUUGACAUGGAAAGUAGAGGUGGAAAGUUCAUCGAAAUUGCAAAAACUAUGUAUACUGUAAUCGAUGAGGACAGAAAGAAUUCAGCCCUAGCUUACUAUGAACGUGGCAUGCGAACCAACUUCCCCUCUAAAGUGCUUCAAAAGGACUUUGGAAUUGAUGCCGCAUUUUGUAUUACAAACAAAAAUCGAAAGUUGUGUUCGAAUAAAUUUUCAGUUUCCCCAGAGUGCUUCGAAAAAGAAAAGCUUCCUGAAAACACCUGUCUAAAUGGUUUUUAUAAAUAUGAAGAUUUUGAUAACAUUGAUGAGAUUGAAGUCUUUAAAGUAGGAAGGAAAACAGGUCUUUCUUGUGGAAAAUUGGUUCCUAUUAAUUCUGCUAUUUGCGUUGAUCUCAGGGACCUUGAUUUUACAAACGAAAGUAUCGAAUUCGCAAAAACGCAAGGCGAAAUCCCACCACAUACUACUAUUACAGAUAAAGAAUACUUUGUUGGAUACAUGAAGGCACCGUUGUUUCAAAAUCGUCAGAAAUGUUAUCCUACUGUGUGGUUCGAUCGGCAGUUAAUUUUUUUUUUCAGAGCUGGAGACUUCGAACCCGGAGACUCGGGAGCAAGUGUUGUGAAUCAAAAAGGAAAAGCCCUUGGUAUUCUUCAUGCAUCGUGGAUGACGGGAAAUUCUAGAUACGCUAUUGCUUCCCCUUACUUUGCAGUUUUUGAGGCAUUGGAUGUAGAACCUGUGGAAAUAUCAAGUUCGGCUAAUUGA